AUGAUUUUCGAGACGAAGGAGCUUCCGCAACAGGUUAUGGUGGCAAAACGUGAGAUCCAGCACUGGUUGCAAGUCCAGAAGCAGUUGACCGCGUCGAUUCCAGCGUAUAACAAGGUGGUGAUGGAAAGACGGAUUGCACUGCCAUUGAUCAUCACUUCGUUUGUGUUUUUGAGCGAUUUCACUUGA